AUGGAUGAAAUACUUGAAAUUGUUCCAAAUACUAUAAAAUUCGAUUAUUAAAAUAGAGAAUAAACCAUCUCUAUCCAAAAUUUGACUCUUCAUUAUAUUUAAGUUAGGAUUGUUUCUCCUAAUCCUACUUUAUUUGCAAUAAUUCCUAAUAUUUGUAAUAAUAUAAACAAUAUAAUUCAUUAGUUUCAAUUGAACCUUGCACAACUACAGAAGUGAUUAUCAAAUUAAAUUUAGAUUUCAAAAUGAACUUUUAUUCGCUUGAUAAGAAUAGAAAGCUUACUAUUUUUUAUUAUGAUGUUGAUGAUGUUGAAGAAUUAGGCAAAAAUGAUAUAGAUUGGCAUAAAUUACCAAUUAAUUAUUUAGGAAUAAAUGAAAUCAAUAUUGAUUAUAAUAAACAAAAUGAUAAAUAUUAAAUAGUAGAAUAGGAAAAGUCAAAGAAAUUUAUGGAGAGUGUUUAAAUAUUUUAGGCUAUGUUUAUAAAAUAAAAAAAUAUGUCUUUAAAUGAUGAAUACAAAAAGAUUUUAAUAAAUAAAUAUCUAGAAUUGUAUAAUAAAUAUUAAACCUAUAAAAUUAUGGAAGAUAGCAUAAUUUUUAUUGGUCAUAAUUUAGAUAUUGAUAAUCAAAUAUACUGCAUUGAACAUUAAUCAUAAAUUUAUUACAUCUCAUCAUACAAGCCAACAUAUUUACAUCAUACUAUACUUUCACAUCCAAUUGAACCUUUGAGUCCUUAAAGUUUAAGAAAGAAAAGUUCUUAAUAACCAUAGUAAUUAAAUGAUUAACCUAAAUAAAUUAAGCUAGAUAGUGAAUCUCCUUAGUAACAUUCUUUAAUUGAUUUAUCUCCAGUCAAAUAAUUUUUCUCUGUAUUCACAUCUUCUAAAUAAAAGUAAGAAGAAACAUCUAAAUAAAAAUAAGAUGAAAUAAUUGACCAAAAAGCUUUAGUAGAAUAACCAAUUACUUUAACAUAAACUCCUGAUUAAUAAAAAGUACAAUAAUUAUCAUAGGAUAUUAAAAUAUAAAAAGUUAACAAAUAAAAUGAUAAAAAAUUGAUCCAAGAAGAAAAAUAAAAAAUAUAAUAACCAGAAUAAUAACAAGAAUAAUAAUAAUAGUAAUAAUAGUAAUAAUAACAAUAGCAAUAACAAUAAUAAUCAUAAUAACAAUAGUAAUAAUCGUAAUAAUAAGAAUAAUAACAAUAACAAUAAUAAUAACAAUAAUAAUAACAAUAACAAUAAUAAUAACAAUAAUAAUAACAAUAACAAUAAUAAUAAUAAUAAUAAUAAUAACAAUAACAACAAUAAUAAUAAUAAUAAUAAUAAUAAUAAUAAUAAUAAUAAUAAUAAUAAUAAUAAUAAUAAUAAUAACAAUAAUAAUAAUAAUAAUAAUAAUAAUAAUAACAAUAACAAUAACAAUAACAAUAACAAUAAUAAUAAUAGUAAGUGCCACAAAAUUACUAAUAAUUAGCUAAGGUUUAAUAAAAGCUUUUCAAUUAAGAGGCAAGCGUCCCUGAAAUGAAUCAAUUAAAAAAAAGAUUAAUAAAUUAAUCAAGUAUAUUUGGGUCAUAAACAGAGUAAAAGUCUUAAUCUAGAGAUGGUAGGAGAAGUCUAUAGAUUAUAGAUUAAAAAAACUAAUAAAAAUUAGCUGAGACUGCCGUUAUGUCAUGGGAUAAAAAGGCAAAACUUUAAUAAUAACAAAUGAUAUCUCCACCUGUAGAAUUUAAAGGAAUAGAUAAUAUGUAUUGAUAAUCUUAUAAUAGAAAGUUAGGAUUAAUAAGCAAGUUACAAAAUAAAUGAAUUAGCAACAUUAAAGACAUACUAAUAGAUUACAGAUGUUUUAUUGUUUAGGGAUGGCAAAUAUUUAAUAACUGUAGGAGAGAAAAAUGAUAUUAAAGUAAAAUUUUGAUAAAAAAUAAAAGGUUUGGCAACUAUCAAUUAGAGGUCUUGUUGGUACAAUAAAAGAACUUGAAAAUAAAAAGGAGAAAAAGAUCAUACUAAUAUAAGAGUGGAGAUAUGUAGAUCCUGCAGCAGAUGAGAAUUAUGAAUUUGAAUUGAAGGAUCCAAAAAAUGAAGGCAAAGUAAAUAUAUAGAUUACAAAUUUAGAAUUAAGAAUUAUAUACUCCAUAUGAGACUGCCUAUAGAUUUGUAACUGGUUCAGAAGAUUAAAUUUUUAGGAUUUUUAAUUUGGCAACUAUGACCCUUGAGUAAUAAUUCAAUUCAAGAUUAUAAAUACCUACUGCAAUUACAUUUAUGCCAGAUCGAGGAUUAUUUUGUAUAGGAGGUUAACCAUAUAAAACAAUAUUUGGAUAGACCAGAAAGUACAGAUCGAUUAGAUUUUUUUUAAUGAAAAAUUUAUAAGAAAAGCCAAAAUAUAAGAUAUUUUGUAAAUCAGAAGAUGAUUAUUUAAAUAAAGUCAUAUAUAGUGAAAAUCCUAUAAAUAGUUCAAAAGAGUAAUAUCAUGCAAGAAUUAAUAAUAUAUUAGCAAUAUAAAUUAUAAAAAGAAAUAAUCAAGGAAAAUAGAUAAUUCAAAGUGAUAGAAUCUUAUUUGUUUUUAUGGAUAGAAUGAAUUAAUGUACUGUGUUAUUUACUUUGGAAUGUGAGCCAUUAAAGAUAAGGGGUAUUAAAGAUCUUAAAUAUAUUCAUAAAGAAGGUGUUUUUGCUGUUAUUGAAAGUAAUGAUGUAGUUAAUUAAAAAAACACUAAAGUGGAAUAAAAUACUUAAAAGAUUGUUUUAAUAAAUUUAAAAUAAUUAUAAACUUCAUAAGGUAGAGAGAGUGGAAUUGAAUGCAAUUAAAUCAAAGAGUAAAAAUCUAAAGUAAUGUCUUAUUUGAUAAUUUAGUUAUCUGUAUAAAUUUUAGUUAAUCCCAUUUUAUUGAUUAUUCCAUAAUCUAAAUAAAUCAUUUUUCAAAAUAUUAAUGGAGAAGAUUAGAUUAUUCAUUCCUUAGAAAUAGGAAACUCUAAAUAAGAGCUUAAUUUUAAUUAUCUAAAUACUAUAAAUAAUUAUGUGAUAUCCAUUGUAGAUGAUAUAAUUUAAGUUAUAUCAAUUAAUUGA